UCACAGGACAGCGCAGACUCACGAGAUGCCUUCGAAGGCGAUGAAUGCCUUGCCGACUCAUGCAUGUUGAUACACGAUGGGCUCUUGUCCCGCAUUGUCACACAGUCGGUUGCUGAGGGAGAGAUAGGGCGUGUCUGGGAAGGGCUCAAGCGGAUGCUGUUCAGCUUCGCAGGUUCAUCACACCACAAAUAUGCGACGUACCUCUUGGAGAUGGUCUGCAACCUGGAGCUCGAGUCAAGCCCUGCACUCCGUGAAUUCUUCCUGCGGAACUGGCUCGUCAACCCAUCCGGAAAGCAAGGCCAUUACCAGGCCGGAGACCUGCUACAAGAGCAUUACAACCGUGAGCUCGAG